AUGACUUGCAUCGAAGCUGUCCCAGGGAAGACGAGGAUCGGGUGGAUCGGCACGGGUGUAAUGGGCCGAUCGAUGUGUGAAAAUAUUUUAAAGAAGGGGUUUCAUCUGACUGUUUACAACAACUUCCCGGCAGCUGCAGGCCUAGAACACCUUCACUGUCUUCAUUGGCGCAGCAGCACAGAACCAGCAGCUGCAGCAGCGGCAGCAGCAGACCCUGCGGCAUCACCAACCGCAGCAACAACCUUGCAGCAGCAGCAACAGCAGCAGUGCCUGCAGCAGCAGCAACAGCGGCAGGAACUGCACCGCACAAUCAGCAAAGCCCUGCCGCUGCAGCAGCAAGGAGCAGUUGUUGCUGCAUCAGCAGCAGAAGCUGCAGCAAACUGCGACGUCCUCUGUCUUAUGGUCGGCACUCCAGAAGAUAUCCAGCAGCUUAUCUAUGUGGGGGCUAAGACAGGGAAGCUAACAGUAAUGACUGGAGGAGACGCCGAAGCAUUCAAUAACCUUCAGCCUCUUUUUAAAGCUGUUGCAACCAAUAUCAUUCACGCGGGACCUGCAGGAUCAGGCAAGGGCCAGCGGAUGAAGCUCUGCAACCAAAUUACCCUCUGUACGAACCUCAUAGGCCUGGCGGAAGGGCUUCUCUUCGCUGAACGCGCUGGACUAGACAUUGAAAAAACCCUCGCUGUUCUUUCUGGGGGAGGAGCCUCCAGCUGGUCGGUGACUACCUACGGGCCCCGCAUCCGCGACGGAGACUUCCGCCCAGGGUUUUUCGUCCAUCAUUUGGUGAAAGAUUUGCGUUUAGCUUUGAAUGAAGCGGCUCGAUUGAAGUUGUCUCUGCCAGGUUUGGGGCUGGCCCUGCAGCUGUACCAGGCGCUAGAGGCUCAGGGGGGAGGGGCCCUUGGGGUGCAUGCAUUGAAGGCUAGUUUAAGCAUUAUAAACAAACAAAACAAAUCUAUUCAGGAUCUCGUAAGCCAGCAGCAGUAA